AACUUAACUGAUCAGACAGAUCGGAUCCACAAUUAAAACAAAGCUUCUACCUGUUCGGUCGGGUAAAGAUGUAACUGUAUCGGCAGCAUCCCACAUUGUCGUUACCACUAAACUGAUUUAAAAUAAGUUUUCUACAGUGUAAGUGCGUUAUUUGUGUGACAACAGGUGUUUGUGUACAGGAAAUGUCCUAAAGUUCGGAAUAUGUAAUAUGUCGUAUGUAGUAUCAUGUGCCGUGAUGAAUUUUGAUUGACAGAAGAAACAUGGGCUCAAGAAUAGGAGGCUUAGGAACAACAGGUCUUCCAGCAGACAAAGCCCUCGCUGGAGUACCGCGACUGCUCGAUGAUCUUCAAAGAUUGUCAGAAGACACUGAUUCCGCAGAUAUUGCAUUUGUGCUUGGAAGGGAAGAAGAAAGAAUACUAGCUCAUCGAGUGAUCCUAAUGGCAAGAUGCCGAAGUUUUCAAACCGCGAAGAGAGGUGAAAUAUGCAGAAUACCAGGAUGCACUGUUUCUCCAGCAGCUCCAGGAACUCCUACUCCAAUAAGACUACCCCAAACAGCGCCCGAAACGUUCAAACAAUUUCUUUUAUAUGUUUACACAGGAAAGAUCCUUCUCCAAGACAAUGGCAUUUUCGAAAUGAUGGCCCUAGCUCAAGAGUUAGGGGUAGAUGAACUUCGUAAUGCAUGUGAAGAUCAUGUCACAUCAACAUUAUCAGUGCCAUCAGCUUGUACUUUUCUUGCCGCAGCAAUGGAUAUUCAUGAUAAAUCUCCAGGUGGUAAAGCAGCCUCGGGAUUUGUGGAGAGGUGUAUUAGUUUCAUUGGAGAGAAUGCAUCAGAAUGUGUGCGCACCAACUCAUUUUUGAAUCUUUCAAAGGAAGCAGUCAUCAAAAUAAUUUCUUCAGACUAUUUGUGCCUUGAAGAAGAAGAUGUUUGGAGAGCUGUCCUCAACUGGGCAAAAUAUCAAGCUGGUGUGACGCAGCCAACACCUCAUUGGACUGAAGAAGAAAGAGCCCGUGUUUGCCAAUAUUUAUCCUUGGUUAUUAGCCAUGUUCGUCUUUUGCUCAUAGAUAGCCAAGUUUUUGCUGAAGAAGUGGAACCAACUGGAGCAGUACCUAUGGAACUGAGCUUAGAAAGAUAUCGCCAUGCUGCUUUACCAAGCAAAUAUCCAGAAGCUUCGGAAGAUCAACGUCUAAAACCCAGAAUAUCUCCACACGUAUUUCCUGGCUCUGCUAUACUUGGCCAAGACAAGAGCCAUUUCCAACGAAUACUAAACGCUUGGUACGGUAACAGUAAACAAAAUUGGAGGCUCAUCUAUAGAGCUAGCAGUCAUGGUUAUUCUGCAUCUUCCUUUCACAGACAUUGUGACGGAAUUUCUCCUACUUAUGUCAUAGUUCUGGGCACCAGGGGAGAAAUAUGUGGUGGAUUUAGUGAUGCUGCAUGGGGCAGACCUCCAGGAAAAAGUCAUUAUGUGCAUUCUGAAAGAGCUUUUGUUUUUACACUGUAUAAUCAUCAAGAUGUACCUCCCACUCAAUUUCAUUUAGUGAAAAAACCGUUUGCCAUAUGUUAUCAUCCAGAUUCUGGUCCAAUCUUUGGAGCUGGAGCUGAUCUACUUAUUUCAAGUAAUUGCAAUACAAACAUGGAUAGUUAUUCAAACCUUCCACAUACAUAUGACGGAGAAGGCGCUUCUCCAUCUGUGUUAAUGGGAGAUUACAAUUUUAUGGUGGCUGAUUAUGAAGUCUUUACGCCUAUAAAUUCAUCAUCAAAAAUGAAUAAAAGUGAAAGAUAUCAGUAAUAUUUAGAAAUAAAGUUUUAUUUUUUUA